AUGAAACGGAAAUCGGAUCCUGCCGACAAUACCGGCCGUAAAAUCUCCGAAAAAUUUGAUGAAGGUGAUGUUCGUGGCGCUGUCAGACUUGCUUCCUCUGAUGCCACGAUUGCCCCAUUUGAUUCAACUACUCUAAAGAAACUUGAGAGUAAGCAUCCGGAAACACCACUGGACAGAAGAGUUUAUCCGCAAAACGUUAACACUACUUUAAUUGUUAAUGAAGACGAUGUCUAUAGGGCUGUCAUGAGCUUCGCGCCAGGAUCUGCAGGAGGUACCACUUGUUUGCGUCCUCAACAUGUGAAGGACUGUCUAAGUGAUAAACUUGGUCAAGACGCCUCGAACCUGAAAUCAGCGCUUACUGAGUUUGUUAACCUUCUCCUUUCCGGAAAAGUUUCAGACAGAAUAAAACCCUUAAUUGCUGGCGCCAAUUUGAGUGCUUUCAACAAGCCCAACGGAGGCCUGCGCCCUAUAACUGUGGGAUACACACUGCGCCGAGUUGCUGGCAAAUGUGCAGCCAGUAUUGACAGUUCGAAGUUCAAAUCCUACUUCGCUCCCCUUCAAGUUGGGUUAGGCACCCGGGGAGGAGCGGAAGCUGCGGUCCAUGCAGUUCGGGCGUUCAUCAAAAGCGCUAAUGAAAACGAUGUUCUGCUUAAGCUGGACUUCAGCAAUGCAUUCAACACCGUUAGAAGAGACUAUGUCGCUGAACUCCUUGCAGAAGAAAUGCCGGAACUUCUUCCGUUCGACAGACUUUGCUACGAACAGGGAAGCUUCUUGUCUUUCGACGAAGGGUUCAUUGUCUCUGAGGAAGGGUUCCAACAAGCAGACCCUCUAGCAGUUUUCCUUUUCCGUCUGUCCACCCACAGAUUUAUCGUCAGAUUGAAGGCCAGGUUGAAAAUUGAUUAUAUUGACGACAUCACUAAAGGCGACGACUGGAAGAUUGUCAUUGGGGAUCUUCGCCUCAUCAUGGCUGAGAUCGAAAAAGUCGGCUUGUCCUUGAAAGAUGAAAAGUGUGAAAUAGUUUUCUUCAGUCCUAAUCAUGAGCUUCGCACCAAGGUUACCAACGAGUUCAAGCUUCUGUGCCCCAGGAUCAAGACUGCGCAGGACUCUGAAAUUGAGCUUCUUGGCUCUGCCUUGGGACCGAUCUCGAUUGAAACUAUUUUCAACCAGAAGCUGAAAGCCAUCCUUCUGAUGCAAGAGCGGCUGAAACACGUAUCCUCACACUGUGCUCUAUUCCUGCUGAAGAAUUGUUUUCUCAUUCCUAAGCUGAUGUACUUCUUUCGAACAUCAGAACAAGCCUCACUACCUGCCCGUUCUGGAGGCUUUGGUAUCUUACCUCCUACUAAACUGGCUGUCGUUUCGUACCUCUCGUCUUUCCUUUCAAUCAAAGAUCUAGCACAGCAGGUCUAUGCAUUUUCUCAAACUGACGUAAUAACGCACGCCCUUACUAACUUCGAUGCUUUCACAGCAGAUGGAGCUCCCCCGCGAUCUUUUAAACAGCGCGAAAUAUACGACAAAAUCACGGAAAAACAAGUUAGCCAGUUUCUCCAGGAAGCCACAGCCAGCGAUGCCGCCAGGUUACAUGGAGCUGCUUGUAAAGGAGCGAGCGACUGGCUCAAUGCUAUGCCCUCGAGAUCUCUAGGAUUGCAUAUGUCAGACGAGCAGCUGAGAAUCGCCGUUAGCUUCAGACUAGGUGCACCAAUUUGCUCCUCACACACCUGUUGGUGUGGCACCAAGGUUGAAGCGGACGGGUCACACGCGUUCGUCUAUCUUCGCAGUCGGAGUCGCCAUGCUAGGCACGAACUCUGUAACGAGAUUAUCCACAAAGCCCUGCAGAGUGCUCAUAUUGCAGCAGAAUUGGAACCAGCAGGUAUGUUCCUAAACGACAACAAAAGGCCAGACGGCGUUACCCUGAUGCCCUAG